AUGGCAAACUAUCUUCUUGGCGUCGAGAAGCCGAUCUUGGGUCCACCACCGGCAGAUGCUGCUGAGCAACAACGUCCCGCUCCGACUACAACAGCUGGAGCACAUCAACAAGCGGUAGAGAACUGUCGCCAGGGUCGUGAAGCAGCACGUGCCACCAUGGGUCGCGCCACCAUAUCACGUGCGCAUGGGCGUGGAGCGGGUGACACGAGCAAGCCGGGAGCCACAGCGACCGAACCAAGGCCUGCACCUACUGCAAGCACUUCUACCCCGACGGCUCCGCCGGCUGAGCCCCCUACCACAACCGAGCCGCCCAGUUGUCCCUCAUGCUCGACUCAUGCAGCUUCACGUCCAUUCGACUAUGCCCGCAUCCUGCGACGCGUUAGGACAGAUGUCGGUAGUGGCAACCCCCGUGUUAGGGUUGAAGCCGACGCUGAGGAGGACGAUGAGGAGGAGGCGGAUGCAGAGGAGGCAGAGGCAGAUGAUGCGAAUGACCCAGCCCCAGCAGAGGGGAACCAGGCGGGGGCAGACGAGGACGCCGACGAUAACACGCCCGAGGCCGGUGUCGCGGAAGGGGACCAUACUACACGCGUGAGGACAGGGUUUAGGCAGAACAAGCGUGGAACGAGGAAGAAGCUGGGCAUCAACCUCGUCCACUGGAAUCGCAUUAAGGCCUCAACCCGUUGCUUUGGGAUCUUCACGAGCAAUGCAGCAGAGCAGGUCAACAGCUCAAUCGUGCCCAUUCGUCGCUUGCCGGUCACCCCUCUGCUAGGGGGUCUCAUGAACUGGUAUCGGGAUAGGUAUUGUGAACGCAAAAUGGCUACGCGGGAGAGAACUGCUCUACUGACGGAAGCGGCAGAGGAGCGGAUGGUGUUGAAGGAGACCCGAGCGGAGGGGUACGAGCUAUUGGGCGGGGAUCUUGAGGAAGGAACCAUCCAAACCAGGGACACCAACGAUCCCAAGGAAUGGAGGUCCUUCAACGUCAACAUCAACAUCGAACUGAGGACAUGCGACUGCUCAAACUGGGACCAGUACCAGUUCCCGUGCUCCCAUGCCGUGGCCUUUGCUCUAAGGCGAGAGCUAGACCCUUGCACCCUCGUCUCCGACUUCUACACCACGAAGAACUGGGCGGAGACGUAUUCUUCAACGGUGAAGGGUUCCUGUGUGGACCGCAUCGUCCUUGGGAGGAAGCUGGCCGCACCAGGCGAGUGCGAUGCUCCACCCUUUCGACGCACGGCUGCCGCCCGCCCACCAAGCUAUGCACGCGUUGAGAAGGGUGUGCAUCCGUACACGUGUAGCGUUUGUCAUUUGCACGGUCACACUAAGAACCGCUACAUGGGCAAGUAUGGUGGCAGCGCAUACCCGGAGAAGAGGAGGUACCGUAAGCGCCCCAAGGCCCGAAAGUCCUAUCGCGAGUCGGCACCUUUUGCGGGCACUAUUUGA